GACAAAUGCUUUACUCAUCUAAAUUAAUUGUAAUAACUUAAGAAACUGAAAGAGCGCUUUAAUCAGUUAAUACAGUUUGGCGCUUAGUAAGGCUUGGCAGCAAACACCGCAGCAAGCAAUGGCUAUGGCGUCUUCCCUCAACUUGUCUUCUUCCCCAUCACUCUCCCCUCUCUUCUCCUCCAAAGCCCAUCUCUUUUUUUGUCACUCUCUCCUCCAAAACAACCCAUUUCUUCAUAAUUACCACCGUUACGCCACUUCUCUUACCGUUGCAUCCCGUCUCGGCUUGAGCAGCUCCCGUGGCUCUGGCCCUGAUCAGGUCAGAGCCCAAGCCCCUUCCUCAGAAACAGAACCAGCGGUGCCGCCUUACAACGUCCUCAUUACUGGCUCAACCAAAGGUAUAGGAUAUGCUCUUGCGAAAGAGUUUUUAAAAGCAGGUGAUAAUGUUUUGAUUUGCUCAAGAUCAGCAGAGAGAGUGGAAUCUACUGUACAGAGCUUAAGAGAAGAAUUUGGGGAGCAGCAUGUGUGGGGUACUCGAUGUGAUGUUAAAGAAGGACAGGAUGUCAAAGAUCUAGUUUCAUUUGCCAAAAGAAAUUUAGGCUACAUUGAUAUUUGGAUAAAUAAUGCAGGAUCAAAUGCAUAUAGUUAUAAACCACUGGCUGAGGCAUCAGAUGAAGACCUCAUUGAAGUUGUCAAUACCAACACCCUUGGUUUGAUGCUCUGUUGCCGAGAGGCAAUAAAGAUGAUGUUGAACCAGCCUCGAGGCGGGCAUAUCUUCAACAUUGAUGGAGCAGGUUCAGAUGGAAGACCAACUCCAAGAUUUGCUGCAUAUGGGGCAACAAAACGCAGUGUGGUACAUUUAACGAAAUCAUUACAGUCAGAAUUGCAGAUGCAAGAUGUCAAAAAUGUGGUGGUACAUAAUUUGUCGCCAGGAAUGGUGACCACUGAUCUUCUCAUGUCUGGUGCUACUACAAAACAGGCCAAGUUUUUCAUCAAUGUUUUGGCAGAACCAGCUGAAGUGGUUGCAGAAUACCUUGUUCCAAACAUAAGGUCCAUCAUUGCCAAUGGAUCUAUGAAGCCAACUUAUAUUCGUUUCCUCACUGGGUUGAAAGCUUACUCUCAGAUAUUUUCAAGAUUUGCUUUUGGUGCUAGAAGAAAUAGAUAUGUGCUUGAAGAUUGAAUUGCAUCAGUCAUCAGGAUUUAAUUUUGUUUUUUUUUUUUUGGGGGGGUAAUUGUAAAUGUAGACAAUUCAUCACUCUUUUUUUUUUUGUAAAAAAUUAUUUUUAAUUAUGUUAUAAUAUUAUUAUGUGAAAAACAGAAAGGAAAAAAAGAAGAGACAUUUUCUCAU